UUCUGGUGUUAAAAUUGUACGUUAGGUGUUAUUGCGUUUAAACAGCGUCAGAACUAAUUUAAGAUUAAAAAGUAAGGACCAUGUUAAUAAUGCUUGAACAUUACCAGCUCAUAUUAUUCAGCAUGCAUUAGCCUAUGUAUUUUGGCAGUGUACGUAGGCCUUAUUUCUAACCUAUUCAAUGCAACAACAAAAAACUAAAGACUACUAAAUAAUCUUCCAGAAUGUAGCCUAAUUCUCAUUUCGAAUAUCCGCCUUUUACGGUCGCCGCCCACUCUAAAACCUCCUUCCCUUUCCUUUCACUAAAUGAACGUGACAAAGCUUUAAAGUGAAAGCGGAAAGGAGAUAGUUAAAGAGUUAUUUCUUCACAUAUCAACUUGGUCUGUUCGUGAAGUCAUGUCUGCGUUAGCAAAAGUUCCCGAACCCCAACAUACCGGGCUAUUGAAGUUUUUAUCUGCUGCGUUCUAUGCUGCUAGCUCGUUUUUUAUCAUUGUUGUGAACAAAACGAUUCUCACAAACUACAGAUUUCCCUCGUACAUGUUUCUAGGAAUUGGCCAGAUGGCCACUACAAUCAUCAUUCUCUUUGCUGCUAAAAUGAACAAAACCGUUCAUUUCCAAGACUUUGACAGAAGCGUUCUUGUCAAAAUCUUCCCCCUACCUCUUCUGUACGUUGGAAACCACAUAACAGGACUGGCGAGUACAAAGAAUUUAAGCUUACCCAUGUUCACAGUAUUAAGAAAGUUCACCAUAUUGAUGACAAUGAUUAUGGAAGCAAGAAUAUUGGGAAAAUCAUUCCCUAAUCGUCUUAUAUACAGUGUUUUGGCCAUUGUGUUUGGAGCUUUGGUGGCAGCGAGUUCCGAUUUGGCCUUUGAUGCUGAGAGCUACCUGUUUAUUCUGCUUAAUGAUGUCUUCACUGCUGCCAGUGGUGUGUUCACCAAAAAGAAGCUGGGAGUUGAGGGUCUUGGAAAAUAUGGGAUCUUAUUUUACAAUGCGUUCAUCAUUGUCAUCCCGACACUUUUGGCCAGUGUGUUCACUGGUGAUUUACACAAGGCCAUCUCAUAUGAAUACUGGUUUAACGCCGCCUUUGUUUCUUGCUUCCUUAUAUCUUGUAUCAUGGGGUUUGUGCUGAUGUAUUCCAUCGUGCUGUGUAGCCACUACAACUCUGCCCUCACUACCACAGUGGUGGGAGCAAUUAAGAAUGUUGCCGUGGCCUAUGUCGGAAUGUUUGUAGGUGGGGACUACCUCUUCUCAUGGACAAACUUCCUGGGUUUAAAUAUCUGUAUGUCAGGGGGACUGGUGUAUUCUUACCUGAUAUUCCACAGCAGCAAACCUUCCCAAUGCAAUGAAAGAGGAAUAAAGGAAAACCAGGAUGAGUUGAAGAUUUCACUUCUGGAAGAUUCCACAGAGGAAUUCCUAGUGAAAUUCCCCUCUAAUAUACCUGGUGAGACUUGAUGCCAGUCUCUUUUUUUUUUUUUGUACUGCGCAAUUUGUUUUAAAUGCUUCAUAUUGGAGCAAUGGUCUUUACACUCUAUAUUUAUGCGCAAUAAUAAUUUACUUGACUGAAGUUUGUGAUAUAUACCUGCAUAGACUCAAAAGACUGUCUGUAGUGUAUACAGAUGAAUAAUCCUGUUUCAAAAAACGUUGGGACAUUGUGUAAAAUGCUAAUAAAAACUGAAGAAAAUUA